AUGUCAAGUAAAGAGUAUUCAAGAGAGGAUAUUAAUAGAAUGAGAAGAGCAAUGGAAGGAGAGACAGCAUUAGAAAAAAUAAAGAGAAAGGCUAAAGAAGAGCCACUUGUACCAGCAGGCGUAGCUCUAACAACAUUUGCCUUAAUUGCGGCUGCAGUAGGUGUUAAAACAGGAAAUAGAACUUAUACGAAUCAAAUGUUUCGUCUUCGAGUGGCUGCACAAGGUUUUACUGUAUUAGCUAUGGUUGGAGGAUCACUCUAUUAUCAAUAUAAAGAACAAAAAGAAGCCAAAGAACAGCAAGAAGAUAAUAAAUAG